UCAGAGGACCCACCUGAGGGAGCAGCAUGCCGAUCUCCUCCACCUCUUUGACGGCGAACAGCGCGUAGCCCGCCGCAUGCUCGAACAACACGUGUAACACCACCUGCGGGAAAAAAAUGUAAAAGACUGAGAAGAGAAACAACUACUGACUAAUAAAAGGAGCAUGGAGCAAAGUGCUUGAAGGAGCGUGUUGAGGAGCGGAUGUGAGGGAGGACAGUUAAAAGCUAAGGGAUCAGGAGAGGGCUUGAUAUAAAGGCUGCCUGGGAUAGGCUGACACUCAGACCGGUGGAGCUCUGCUCAUCUUAAAGCACAACUUCCCCAAGCAACUGAAUACGGCUGGCACAGCAGGAGAGAGCAAGAUGAGCAUGCGUGGUGCAGUAGCUGGUUGUGUGUUGCUGGUGUGUCUGGUGGCGCUGCUGGUUGAAAGGACAGAGGGACACAUCACAUUCUUCAGUCCCAAGGAGAUGAAGCUGAUGAAGGAGCGAGAAGGUAGAAAGGACAUGGCGCCUCGAUCAGAGGAUGGCCAGUUUGAAGAAGUCACCGUCCAACAGGUGCCUCAGAUGGAGCGCAGUGGAAAUCAAGACAAAACUGUGGAGAUCGCUGUCCGUCUUUCACCCACACAGCUGGAUCAUGUUGCUCCAGUGCUCGAAGAGAUCAUCCAUGAAAUAGUGGAGCAUCAGAAAGCUAAAUAGGAGGCCAAGGGCACAGGGGGAUGAACACUGUAUAAACUCUUCAAAAACCACUGAAUGCUCAAAUGUUUUAUUGUGUUUUAAUGAAAUAGACAAUAAAAGGAUGUGAUUGCGUAA